AUAUCUCUGAGGCUCUAGUUAUUCCCAGUUUGAUCUAGUCAUUUCCAUUCAAGGAAAUGCCGUUUUUUAUUUCGAUAUGACUCUUCCUCGCGUACAUUGAGCCGCGCAUUAGUUAUUCAACAUUGCGGAAUUGUUUAUAGUUUUUUAGUUAUGGGUUUGUUUUCGACACCCGGGGGAUACCGUCAACUGACGGCGGCAAUUGUCGUUUUCUCGUACACGAUUUUUGCGUCACUUGUACUUUUUCUGCCGGUCAUCUUCUUUGGAUUGUUCCUCUUCAUGCCGGAGACGCCUGUCUACCUGGUGAGGAAAAAUCGGAGUGCCGAUGCUACCAGGUCCCUCAUGUGGUUGAUGGGUAAUAAUGAAUCAGCAGCAAAACUGGAGCUACGAAGGCUCCAGACGUAUGUCAAGGAGAAUGUCGAUGUGAGUAGAUCUGUCGGAUUCCGAGACCUCGUGAGAGAUCGAGGGACGAUCAAGGGAUUUAUCAUCGCUCUGGUUCUCUUCGGGGCUCAAGAGACCACUGGAUAUUCUGUGAUGAUGACAUACACCUCAGAAAUUCUGACAUUCGUCGAUGGUCUGCUGACCCCCAACUCAGCAACAAUAAUCGUGGGGAUAAUUCAAAUAUUCGGCUCAUGGUUAUCGAUAGCGAUAAUGGAUCGAGCAGGCAGACGCUCUCUGAUUCUGAUCUCCUGCCUGGGAAUGGCAAUCUGCCAUGGGACCCUGAGUGCCUUCUUCUUCAUGGAAAAACUCCCCUACGACCUAUCAUCCCUCACCUGGAUUCCAGUGACUGCCCUCUCGAUUUAUGCAUUUGUCUGGAGCUUUGGAAUCGGUCCCAUUUCAUUUAUUGUCGCCUCUGAGAUCUUCAGCGCUGAUGUCUCCAGCACUGCGACCUCAAUAGCUCUAGAAUUCAUGUGGAUAAUAUCAUUUUUAACAAUGAAAUUCUACCCAUGGGCUAGUCUCACCAUCGGUAAAUACGGCUGCUUCAGUAUAUUCGGUUUUUUUUCACUAUUUACUUUCAUUUUUACCUAUUUUAUCGUACCUGAGACGAAGGGGAGGUCCAUUGACUCGAUUGUCAACGAGCUGAACGGAUUUCCAGAGAAAAAAGAGGAUAGAGAACGCCUCGAAGUCGAUGACAUGAUCUAAUUAACGAUUUCAAUGCAUAAAAGAAAAAUCAAAGAAAAAAAGACGUACAGACGCUGUGGUUUAAACAAAAUAAAUGCGCAAGAUCUCAAAAAGGGAAAUAACGAGAUUUUCUGCCAGAUUGUUAUUAUUAUUUUUCAUUUAAUUUUAAUAUGUAUUUUAA